GGGCCAAGUGAUGAGUGCAUCGUGAAAACUUUUAAGCGAAGUUGUCAGAUUAAGGUGAAUCCGCUGAAAUGCACAAGAUAGGCGAUGAGACGACGACAGCAGUGAAGCGCUUCGCUUCAAAGCUGAAGAGCGACCUUCAUUUUCGCGGAAUGACCGGAGCGAAUGAGCCCUUCAGUUCUUGGUUUUGCAUAUUCGACAACUAUUCUAUGAAGCGACCACGAUUGUCUAUUGAAUUGCCCCAAAAUCCUCCCGACCUGUGCGAUGCAGCGGAUGACCAUCCGAUCCGCCAUGGCGGAACCUCUACGCCCUCCAUGGACACUCUGGGUAGGGUGGCUAAAAUGGGACACCCUACUCUGUGCGUCAUAAGCGCUGCUACUGUUGACACACCCAGGUCUGCGAGUUUGUCGGCCCCGUAUGAAGGAAAUAUCCUGGAAUCAGCUUCCGCAACUGGAAAACCAAGCACUCAUGGGCGUCUUGAACAAAUUCGGCCGCGGCCCACUAACGGCAACAGUAUGGCAAUCAACCAACAGCUGGCUUUUCUACAAUGCACAAAUCACUAAGGUGUGUUGUGACACCAGCGUACAUGCUAUUGGCAAAAAGCUUCCACUCCCGCAUACAUCUCGAGACAGACUCGUCAGUU